GGAAUGUUCUGGUUCUCUUGCGGAAGUCUCGCGCAUACUUGGCUCGCGACCAAACUAAAAAACAGCGACUGGAGCGACGAGAAGGGAGUCAGCGGCCCUUUGGCUGAGCACGUCUGGAUUUUGGAGGAAAGAAGCGUAGAUUAUUAAAAUGACAAGAGGAAACCAGCGUGAGCUUGCACGCCAGAAAAAUGCCAAAAAGCAUACUGAACAGACUAAAGGGAAGAGGAAUGAAGAUGGGCUGUCUGCUGCUGCCCGGAAACAGAGAGAUGCCGAGAUAAUGCAACAGAAGCAGAAAAAGGCAAAUGAAGCUGGGAAAGGAAGCACGAAGGCCAAGUGAAGAAUGAAGUCUCAGUGUCUCAAGAACAUCCCGCACUCAGCGUUCUACCUGAUAUUUAUGAGAAAGGAUCUUUCAUUUUUGUCUAAACUCAAGAAUCCAGGAUCUGACUUUCUUCCCUAUGGCAAAUGACAUUGUUUGUUGGAAUUGUUGCUUUACUCAGUGAAAUUAUGUCUGAGCGAGUUAGUGGUUGUGUCACGUUGGUGCUGCAUGCAGGGGAGCAUCAGUGGUGUAAGGAGCAGGAUAAUGAUGAACAAUUCUCAACACAAAGCAUCUAUGUAACAGUUGUGUAUUUUUGUACAAAAAUGCCCCCUGCUGGUUUCAAAUAAAGUGUAUCUUUUUUUUUGUUUGUUUUA